GGUAGAGUAUAAAUAUUAUAGGAAUCUUGCCAACACAGAGGUAAACAUGAACCAAGAAACUAACACCGAGACAUCGCAAGUAAACGGGACCUCCGCCUCUUCUUCAGCUCCGACAAAGAAACGCGAGGACUACCUGGAAUGGCCUGAAUAUUUCAUGGCUGUAGCCUUCCUGUCAGCUCAGAGAAGCAAGGAUCCGAGCUCACAGGUGGGAGCGUGUAUCGUGAACCCGGAGAAUAAGAUCGUGGGCAUCGGCUACAACGGCAUGCCCAAUGGCUGUGAUGACGACCUGCUGCCGUGGUCUCGCUAUGCCGAUGACCGACUGGACACCAAGUAUCCCUACGUGUGCCACGCCGAGCUGAACGCCAUCAUGAAUAAGAACUCUGCCGACGUGAAGGGCUGCUCCAUGUACGUGGCCCUGUUCCCCUGCAACGAGUGUGCCAAGCUCAUCAUCCAAGCAGGUAUAAAGGAGGUGAUUUAUUUGUCAGACAAGUACCACGACACCACUGAAAUGACUGCCUCCAGACGUCUGCUUAACUUGGCAGGGAUCGAAUACAAGCAGUUCAAGCCCAAACGAAACAAGAUUGUCAUCGAUUUUAAUUCUAUUAACCACUCUGGGAUGCACAAUGGGACAUUGGGAAUACACUCACCUUGAGAGAGAAGGAGAGAGAGGGAGAAAGAGGGAGAGGUGCUUUGAUGUCCUAUCAUUCCACCUCCUUCAAUCACCUUCAAUGAGUAAAAGUCAAAGUUAUCUUUACUGUCAUUUUUGAAAACCAAAUAUGGAAGCUUGGAAAGGUUUUGCUUUUGUCUUUUACUGUUCCACAAGUUCCUUUUAUUGUGAAAUUGUGUAUGGAAACUGAGUCACAGGGUUACUUAAUUUUCUGCACUUUGCUAGGAGAUUCUAUACAGGCGGACUACGACGGUACUUUCAUUUAAAACUAGCAGGAUUCUUUUCCAGUUGUUCCAAUGUGUUAGUCUGACUCUUACAGUUUUUUAGUUUCUAGACCAGCUACUGUAUAUUUGCAUCUUUCUUAAUAUUUAGCAAAAUGUUACAAAUGUAUUCUUACUGUACUAGGUCAUGAAUGAAAAGGUGCUGAUACUAAAUAUAACCUGCUAUUUUAAUAUUGAUUCAAAUCUUUUUUUAUAGUGUGUGUCACUCAUGUAUUAUCAACCAAAUAAACUACAAAGAAUGUUUUGAAGUC